GUUCAUUUACUCGUCAUUUUGUUUCCCCCAAUUUCUCCUAAUUUCAGACAUUUCAAUUCAUGCAUGAAUCUGACAUGUUCUUCCACCGUUCCAAACUUUGUCUUCUUCUCUUGUCAUCUUGCUUUCAACACAUAUUCAUCCCCGUGAUUCUCUCUCCUUUGUAACCAGCAGUUUUUCAUACUUUCCCGAAAUAGUUGAUUAUAGAUUCAAUACAUGCCAGAUUAUCCUGUGCAACCUUCGGCCUUUUUUCGAAAAUACCACCUCCUGGGAUAUGGCAAUUUUUUAUAGUGAUGUUCAUCUUCAUUACAAUUCUUUGUUCGUCUCCACCGUCCUCCAUAUCUGCCCAUCCAUUGUUGCAAGGAUGCAAAGUGAUGACUGCCCAGAACGAAAGAGCUUCCCCAAAUUUUAAGAAUGAUUGCAGUUCAUAGACUGGCCUAAGCGACAAGAUAGCUUGGCAUCCAGAUAUGCAUCAUAGGAAAAAUACAAGAUCCGAAAUCAGAAUUUCCAAAAUUUACAAGAAAAAAAAAAACAAGAAUAGUAGCAGGGCAUAUGCAUUUCAAUUUAGUAACAGGGUAAAACAUACCUGAAGCUAAAUGACAAAGGAUGAUUCUUUCAUAGAAUUCAUACCAACACUUAUGUAUAACAGUAGAAUCUAUUGAAAUAUACCAUCUUCAGUUUUCUAAGUAUAAUGAUCCGUCAUAACAAGUGCUCUACUCUUUCUCUUCCCCUCUUUUUUUUGUUCAUGCCAAAAAUACAAAAUUAAUAUGACCAAUUAGAGAACACCGAUAUGUAAUAUAACACUGAUGAGAAGGGGCUGGGGAAAGCUUGAACCCCUGGCGCAGCUGGACCAUCCUGUCUUUGUUACAUAAUAUCUAACAUUUCAACACAUUAAACAUGUAAUUAAGAUAUAAACUUUCUGUCAAAUAUUUUGGACAAAUUCGCCGGUCUUUAGUUUGGCUACACAACAGGGAACUAAAUUUCAAAGUUACAAUGCAUCUUUUCUGCAGUAAACAUUUCUCAUAAACCAAACCAUGAGCUGCAAAGAAUUUCUCAAUAAACCAAAACUAUAAAUUCGCACGAUAAAUUUUACAGAACCCCCAAACAAAAGUCCCAAUUAUACAACACAAGUAAUUCACCCGAAUUGAUUGCCCCAUGGAAAAUAAAACCAUAAUGAAAUUAGUAUAAUACUCAGUUAAACCCAAAAGUACGAACUCAUGAAAUAAAAAAUUUCAAAUAAAGGAUUUUAAUUAUGAAUUUCAAGUUAAAGAUAAUUACAACAAAACACAACUACCAGUGGUCGGCAACAAUAGAAAAACUGAGGCGAGAACAAACGGUGCCGGCAAACCGGUAGGAGAAGAGAAGCUGUGGUUCAAACUUGGAAGAAAAAUCCGUAAUGGCCAACCGGAAGGGAAUAGUUGAGGGCGUAAAUAUGGAAAACGCAACAAAAAAGGGGCGAUGGAAGAUCAGGAAAAGAAAAGGGGCACCGUUAAACUAUCGUCUGAACCUCUGUUCUUCACGAUCUAACCAAAGCUCAAAAAAAAGGAGGAAAUUGGCAACAGGAAAGACAAGUAAGCUGAUACACACCAGCUGCUAAAGGGAAAAAGAUUAAGCGACCCAAUAAUAAUCUGUCACGUCAUCAAAUCAACUUGCAACUUGCCUUUAACCGUGCAACAAAAAGGGGAUUCCCUUCUAUAUAUACUAGUGAUGUCUGGUCGCGCAAUGCGCGACCCUGGCCCAAUAUAUUUGUACAUCUUAGAAAUGUUUGUAUCUGGAAAAAAAAUAUUUUGUAUUUGGCCCUAUAUAUUUUAGAAAUAUUUGAAGAAUUUUAGAAAUGUUUUAUAAGUGUGAUGUUUGUAUUUGGCAAAAAAAAUAAAUUGUAUUUAGCCCAGUACGUUUUAGAAAUGUUUGAAGAUUUUAGAAAUAUUUUAUAAGUGUUACUUCUCAAAUAUAAAAAUUCAUAGUGUAUGUUUUAGGCAUAAUGAGCAUGAUUACCAUAUAGUUGGGAGAAAAAUUGAUUUCCAAUACAAUUACAAAAAAAAUCUGUUAAAGGGUAAAUUGGUAAAAUUUUCAAUUCAGGAUGCAUAUCAGCAUUUUUAUCAAACAAGUCUCGUUAAUUAUGCAUUUUCUUUCAUUCAUUAAAAUUUAAAAAUGAAGAAUUCAGAAUUUAAAAACAAAAUCAAUCUAUGCAACAUUUAUUAUUCAGAAUUAAGUACUAAUUUUAUCAACUAACUAAAGACUUGUUUGAUAAAAAUUAUUGCUUUAUAUUGAAUUAAAAGUGCUGAAUUCAUUAAGCAAUUACAUAAUAAGCAAUAAGCUAACUUUUAUUGCUUAUAUUUUAUAUUACAGUUUCAGCAUUACUUAUUUCAUUAAGAGAUUUAUUUGUUGUUAUCAAAAAUGCUGAAUUAAAAAAGUGCUUGAUCCAAUAAUUUUAAGCAUUAAGUGAUUUUACCAAACAAACAGUCCCUAAAAUAGUAGAUAGUGAAUGUACAAUUCCUCAAAUAAAUAUCUAAAUUAGUUGGCAUAGCACUAUAGUGAUACGAUUCUAAGCUUCUAAAUGAAAAUAAACACCUUACAUAAUUCGAGAAAUAUCAUCCUCCUUUGCUAUAUAAGAUAAUCAGUAGACAAUUAAUUGUUUGAUAAAAAUUAGCGUUUAAUUCUGAAUAUUUAAUUCUGAAAUCAUUAAACAAUUACGGAAUAAGUAAUAAAUUAACUUUUAUUGCUUAUAUUUUUUAUUGUAAUUUCAACACUAUUUAAUUUAUUAAGGGGUUCAUUUUUUUGUAAACAAAUAAGCUCAAAUAAAAAAGUGUUUAAUCAAAUAAAUUUAAGCAUUAAGUGACAUUAUCAAACAGGCCAAAAAUCAUUUGUAGUUAUACUUAUUUUCCAAAGAUGUUGUGCUUCUAUAAUUUGGUAACAUCAUUUCAAGACGAUAAACAAACAAAAUUUCGGAUUGUAUAGCAAAUGAUACUUCGAAGACUGAUCAUUUUAUUUUACACUUUCAAACACAUUUUGAACCCUGCAACUUAAAAAUUGAGUUCCUUUCAUCAAUAUCAGAAGUUAGAACACUAUCAUUCCUUGUGGUUAUGCUAGAAGUCGAGGGUUAUUGUAUAAUAACAAAAUGCUUGACACUUGAGGAGAUUAACAAAAUGAUGUGUGAAGGAUUUUUUUAUAUAUAAAAAAAAUAAAAUUAUAGGGGAAAAAUAGGAAAAAAAUAAAAUAAGAGAGGCUGAUGCUUUCGACACGCGGCCCACAAGGAGCUUCCAAAACCACCAAUCUCCCUAACCCAAGAUAGCCAAAGGCACAUGGCAAAAAUCCACUGGUCACAAUUCUCAGUUUAGGAUAAGAAAAUGGAUCACAUUUUUUCCAUUACAAAUCCUACUUCUUCUGCUGCACUCAUUCUUUUUCACUUAUUAAGUUUGUUUAUCAGAAUAGCCAACAAAAUUUCCAUUGCAGAAAAAGAAAAGCAGAUUUUUUUUUUUUUUUUGAUUUGAAAAAGCAAUGGCAUCAAUGACCAUGACGGCCUCGUUGUUCCUCGGCGGCUCAGCCGGAGUGAUCUCCAAACAACUCCCCACCACCACCGCCCCCGGCCGCCGUGGUGCACUUGUUGUCAAGGCUUCAAGGGUGUCUGAAGGUGAGAAAAUGGUUGUUAACAACAAGGAGGAGAACGGCGGCGCCGGAAACGGGAGGAGGGAUUUGGUGUUCGCCGUUGCGGCGGCGGCGGCUUGCGGCUUGGCUAAAGCCGCAAUGGCGGACGUGGUGGAGCCGAAGCGUGGAACUACGGAAGCUAAGAAGAAGUACGCGCCGGUUUGCGUCACAAUGCCAACCGCCAAAAUCUGCCACAAAUAAUUAUGAUGAGAUUGAUGAUGUAAUUUAUGGGUCGAUGAUAUAAUAUUUUGUUGAUGUUUAAUUAUGGUUCAUUUUGGUGUUAAUUAAAAAAACAGCAAAUUUCAUGUAAAACCCCUUCUUCUUCUUCUCCUCUGUGCUCAUUAAUCUCAUUCCUGAUUGCGAAAAUGCAUUAAUUUGUUGCCAAAAUCAUCAACCGGACAUUCUUCCCUAGAUAAACUAUAAAAGUCCGCUUUAUAACUAUAUCAGUUUAACAUAGUACGUACUUUUUUAUUUUUUGCUUAAAGAAUAUGGAUGAAAUAUGCUUUUUAAAUCGAAACUAUUCGUAAUUUCUCGUUAAUCUUUACCUGAUUCUCCAGCUUUGAUGUUAUUGCCUUUAGUACAAUAAAGUCAUCCUUUUACAUGAUUAUUAUUAUUAUUAUUAUCAUUAUUAUUGUUUGUGACUUGAGUCAGCAGAGAGCUAGUAACGAUGCCAAAGCCUUAUUACUUUGUAAGGCAAAUGCUAUACGAUGACGUUGAUGUUACAUGAGUAUUUAAAUUGAAACUAAUUUUUGCGCUGACAAUAACAAUUAUCAAAUCAUAAUUGCUAAUAAUAUUUCUUUUCUUUUUUUUCAAACUAAAUGGAGUGUUUAAACAUAUAUUCGUUUCAUGUAAUAAUUUUC